UCCCCUGGAGACCAAAGCAAAAAUAUUUCAUACCUUAAACUUAUCUACAUACGUUCAUUUCAGAGAAGUAUGACAGGAUUAUCAACAGAAGACUUCCAAAUGUAAAAGUCUAUUACAUUAGGAGAAAAUUAUGUGUAGAAAGUGGAAUAGCAAUACAAUUUGAAAGUAAAAACGAAUCAUGCAAAAUAUGCAAUGCUAAGGAGGUGUUUUAUCUGUUUUUAAUUCAGUGGAUGUUGUAUGGUUACAUUCCACUGGAUGCCCGCAACUGUUUUAUUUUAAAAUAGCAGCAUUUGCAGUUUUCCAGAAAUGAUGUAUUUUGCAACUCUUUAGAUUAUGGACAAAAGUUUAGAUGUCAUCAUAAAAAUGUGCAAGGAGCAUUUUCUUUUUUUAAGGUUAUGUGUCUUUGAGCAAUGGUUUCAGAGAUCACUCAUCCAGGGGCCAGACUCCUGCACUGGUGGUGCUGUGUUACCACACAGGUAGUGACACUGUGUGGCUGGGGCUACACCAGAGAAGCAGCUGCCCAAGACUUCCUGGCAACAAAGUAAGUUUCUGGUUUUCCCUUUCAAAGGUAAGAGUGGGCCUGACCAUUUCCCUCCACACCUAUACUGGGGAAACACCCUGUAGUUCUUAAGAGAGGGAGGAUCCUGGGAGAGCUACUGACAGUAGUGGUAUGGUUGCCAUUUCAUCUGAUUGAGGAAAAUGAUGUGGCCUUAAUUUAUGCCUAAGAAUGUCUGACUUUCAGCUGUUCUCCCAACUGUGUUUCCAAAUCUGUUUAUUAUCUGAGUCAAUUUCCUCUUGCAUUCACCUCCAAAUUUGCCUAAACUUCCUGCUUUCAAAUGCUCUUCUCAUCCCUUAACUUUAUCACUUUAAUCUGAUGUCUUUGCAUCCUAGUUCAUUAAAGAAAAAAAUAGGAAUGUUUGUUUGGAACUUCUUUGAAUCAACCCCAUCUCUAAAGUACAGGCUUCUUGUCUCCUCCUUUGCUCUGUCCUCUUAAUGCUAUCUUCCACUUUUUCAGGAAUCAUGCUUUAGUCAGUUACAAACCUUGUCUUCAUUUCUAGUGGAGCUAUUUCCUGGUGUAAAUCAGACUUUCCUCUUCACAAACCUACAAACAAAUAAACCAAACUUUUUUAUAGUCAUUCUAUCGCAAUGUACUACUGUUGUCACUCUAGUUUAUUUAUUUUUGUGAUACUGAAGCUUGAACUGAGGGCCUCAUGCUUGCUAGGCAGGUGCUCUACCACCUUGGGCAACACUACCAGCCCUUUUUGCUUUAUAUUUCAGAUAGGGACUUAAAUUUAUGUCUGGACCUAGAGCCUCCUACUUAUGCUUCCCACAUAGCUGGAAUGACAGGAGUGGGCCACCAAUCCAGAUCUUUAUUGGUUGAGGGCUUAUGCACUUUUGCCCUGGCUGGCUUUGAACUGUGGUCUUCCUGACCUCUUGGUGAGUAGCUAGGAUUACAAGUGUGACCUACCACACCUAGUCUGUCAUUCCAGUUUUGAAAGAGUCUAGACUCAGCACCUCUAUCUCUACUCUGUAAUCUGGCUUUUUCCUCAGUCAUCUGAUGGUGUAGUUCUUGCUUGUUUUUACCAUGGGAUUUCUGAUGAGGGGUUCUCCAUGUGUGAGUUACAGAUUCCUAGGAGUUCCUGAGACCACAAAGACAAAGCAGUUUCAUAAUAAUACAAUUAUUUGCCUUUUAACUGUGCUGUGAUUUGUGCUGAUGGCUUAGGAGUGAUGGGUAGAAUGACUGGUGAUUUAGCAUGAAGCAGAGCACUGUCUCCAAACUGGACCCAGGGUCAUGGGUUCUUUGCUGCCAUGUGCACAGUACAUGAAAUGUCAUUUUCCACUUCUGAAUGUUCUUAGUGGAGCAGUAAAAAGUGUGAAUACUCAGCUCUUGAGUAUACAUCUUUUAAUAUUUGAUGUGAUAAGAUAGAAGAUAUCCAUGCCAUAUAAAACUUAAAAAUGUAGAUUCAUAGGAAACUGUCAAAAACUGCAUAGGAAGUCAUGUCUACACUUCUGUUUUCCUUAAUUGUGACAUUUUGCAUUACUAUAGUACAAAUAGGAAAACCAGCAAUUGACACUGGUGCAAUCCACAAAACCCUCCAGGAGAAGAGAGACAUUUGUUCAGCGUUUAAAGGAUGACUAGGAGUUCAAUGACUAGAUAUGUCUGGAGGGAGGUGCCUUACAGUACAGGGAAAAGAGAUGCAAAUUGUGUUCAGAGAACAGAAAGUAAUUCCAGUUUGCUAAAGAAAAAAAGAUUCAGGAAGGGGCAGGCAAGUGGGAGAUUAGAUUGGGAAGGGACAAUUGCCAUGAUGAUGUCUCCUCUGUUUUGAUGGCAGACCUAAGUUGUUUUCCUGAAGGCUCCACUGGGGGCUAUUGGAGGGUUUGUAACAGAAAUGGAACUGGGUACAACUCUCAUGGAGCCUGAAGCUGAGAUUCUGGCAGAAAGGAUGCAAGAGAAGCUGCAUGACCUAAGAAGGAUGGUUGAUUUCUGAAUCAAUUACACUUUCCACUUAUACAGAAACAAACUUUGUAGGGACCAGGACAAAAGAGAGCAUCACCUUUUCCUGGCCUUGGUGUUUCACUUGUCUGUUGCUGCAAUACUGUUCAAGUAAGGGUCACCCAUAUCUUGGGUUAAGAGCUUUGUCCUCAGCCCAUGGUGCCAUUGGCAGAUGGUGACCUUUGAAGACGUGGGGCCAAGUUGGAAGUCUUCCAGGCACAGUGAGGGCCAACUGACCGUGGACUUGAAUCUCUGGAACUGUGAGCCCAAAUGGACCUUUCCUCUUUUUAAGUAGAUCAUCUCAGGUAUUGUGUGACAGCAAUAGAAAGCUGACUAACACAUACCAUAUAGUAAACAACCCUGAAGCUAAGUGACAGUAACAACUAUUUUCUUUGUUUGUAAUUCUGUGAGUCAGGAACUCAGGCAGGGCACUGUAGGGCUGGCUGUAAUUGCUCUGCAUGAGACCUGCUCAAGUCAGGAGUCUAGGAAGGUGCCUUUGCUCACAUGCCAAGUGUCUGUGCUAGAGUGACUGGAAUAGCUGGGGACUGGCUGGAAUGGUACAACAAGGUAUAAAAAUGGGCUCCCUGAGCACGGCAAACACUGAAUUUUGCUUUGAUGUGUUCAAAGAGCUGAGCUGUAACAAUGUAGGAGAUAACAUCUUCUUUUCUCCACUGAGUCUUCUUUAUGCUCUCAGUAUGAUCCUCCUCGGUGCCAGAGGAAACAGCGCAGAGCAAGUUAAAAAGGUGCUUCACUAUAACCAUAUUGCAGAGUUCUUAAAACCAGAAUUGAAGGACUCAUCUCAGUGCAGCCAAGCUGGGAGGAUGCAUUCAGAGUUUGGAGUCCUGCUCUCUCAAAUCAAUCAACCACACUCUAAUUAUACCCUCAGCAUUGCUAACAGACUCUAUGGGACCAAGGCAAUGGCAUUCCACCAGCGAUAUUUAAGGUGUUCUGAGAAACUGUACCAAGCCAGGCUGCAAAGUGUUGAUUUUGAACAGUCUACAGAAGAAACAAGGAAAACUAUUAAUGCUUGGGUUAAAAGUAAAACUAAUGGAAAAGUCACAAACCUCUUUGGAAAGGGCACAAUUGACCCUUCCUCUGUAAUGGUCCUGGUGAGUGCCAUAUAUUUUAAAGGACAAUGGCAAAAUAAAUUCCAGGAAAGAGAGACAGUGAAAGCCCCCUUUCAACUAAGUGUGGGUAAAACUGUAAUGGUGGAAAUGAUGUAUCAAGCUGGAAUAUUCAAAUUGGGCUCAAUCAAGAAGCCGCAGAUGCAAGUUCUUGAGCUGCCCUAUGUUAACAAGAAACUAAACAUGAUUAUUCUUCUUCCAGUAGGCACAGAGAAUCUAGACCAGAUAGAGAAGCGGCUGAAUCUGAGGACAUUUCAGGAGUGGACCAGCUCUUCUAAACUGAUGGAAAGAGACGUGGAAGUGCGUAUCCCCCGAUUCAAACUUGAAGUCAAGUACGAGCUAAAUUCCCUGCUGAAAUCCCUAGGGAUGACAGAUAUCUUCAGUCAGACCAAAGCCAAUCUCUCUGGAAUGUCACCAGAUAAAGGCCUUUAUUUAUCAAAGGUCAUCCACAAGUCUUAUGUGGAUGUCAAUGAAGAGGGCACUGAGGCAGCCGCAGCCACCGGGGAAAGUGUUGCUGUAAAGAGACUUCCCAUCCGAGAUCGGUUUGUGGCAGAUCAUCCCUUCCUGUUCUUGAUAAAGGACAUCACUACCAAUCUGAUUCUCUUCUUUGGCAAACUUGCCUCUCCAUAGACAAAGGGGGCGGAGGAAGGCUCAGAGUCGCAGAGGAAGUGCAGGGGCAAACAGAUGACUGUAAUUCACAUCUCACCUGUUUUGCUCAUUUGCAAAUGGUAAUCAUGGGAAAAGGUAUAUUUAUACAAAUGCUUUUCUGACUUCCUUAUCUUUGAGACCUCACUUUCAUGUGGUCCUGAUGAUAUUAUCAAGUCAAUGAGGAAAAAUUGAAAGGAUAAGCUUCUCUUCACUUGUGUGUAUCAGUGGUAUCAGUGAAAUCAUGACUAAGGGACUGCUCUGCCUUCAGAGGAGUUUAAUGGCUUCUAUUUUGGUUCAUUUUCUAAAUAUUAUAAAUUUCCUGGCAUGUCUAAAUAUAAUAUUGUGAAUUUUAGUUCAAAAUUCUGUAUUGACUAUAAUAAAUGCAUGC